AUGGCGCUCGAAGUGGUGUUGGGGCUGGCGGUGGCCAUCUACGCGCUGUACUACCUCUGCUUCGUGGGCAAGGAGCCCGAGGUCUACCACUGCUCGCGCGAGGGCAGCGUCGCCGCUCGGCUGGCGCGCGACCUGCCCAUCCUCAAGGAAAAGUUCUGGCCCACGCCCGGCCUCGACAACACCCACCUCCAGACACUCUUGGGAGUGGUUGGCCGAAGGCGAGUGGACAUCGAAUUCGAGACCGAGUGCUUCCCUCUCGCUGACGGCGGCGAGCUCUACUUGGACUGGACGGUGGCGGCCAAGGACCCGAUGGUCACGUGCGUCAUCCUUCACGGCACCCAGGGCUCCUCGCGGUCGCGCUACAUCAGGCAUGUCCCUUCUCCGCCGCACGAUUCGAUCAACAGGCAGUUCUUGCGCAAGGGCGUAGCGCAGAACUGGCGAUGCGUAGUUCUGCACCAGCGCGGCUGCGGCGCUUCGCCCCUCCGAGUGCCGAAGACGUUCCAUGCGGGUCUCACCGCUGACACAAAGGAGGUGAUGGACGCCAUCUACCGGCGCCACGGGGCGACCUCGCAGGUGAUCGCCGUCGGCUUCUCCCUCGGCGCCAACAUCCUGGCCAAGUACCUGGGCGAGGAGGGCUCCCGCGCCAAGGUCGACGGGGCCGUGCUCCUCUCCAAUCCCUGGGACUUUUGCUCCGUGGGUGAGCAGUUGUCGCAGGGCAGCAGCCGCUUGUACUGUCGCCUUCUCCAAUACGAAAUGAACGGAUACGUGCGCAGGCACUGGGAUCAGCUGCGACAAAUCGAAUGCUUGAGCAAGAAGCAGCUCGAUGACAUACUGUCGCUUCCCUCCCUGUUCGACCUGGACAUGUAUCUCGCCGUGCUUCCCCACGGCUUCGCCGACCGAUCGGUGCCUGUGCGCGUAGUGGAAGACAAUGAAAACAUCAUCUUUGGGCUGACCGAUCGCGGUGGCCACCUGGCCUGGUUGGAAGGCUGGGACUUCUGGGAAGAGGCGUGGAUGGAUCGGGCGGUGGUACAGUUCAGCAAGGCGCUGUGGAGCCAGAUGCCCAAGCGGCGACUGCAGAAGAUCCACACGAUCACGGACCCAACGACGAGCCCACUUCGGCACGCAUGA